GUGCCGGCCACGUAACUGGUAGCAGUCAUCGUCGCACAGUUUCAAAUCCAAUUGGACAUACGCGUGUUCAAGACAAGCACCCACCAUGCGGCUUCCCAGCGUCUCGGUCUUUGCAGCCAUUGCGCUCACAACGCUCGCAGAAACCAAGCCUGACCCUUCCAAUUCAAACAUUUCCCAAGCCAUAGUUCCCGAUGGUGUAGAAGGAGAUGGUGCAGCAAAGUUGUUGCAGUCUAUUCAAGCAAAUUCCACCGACGCUUGCGAAGUAGCAUGCGCUUCGCUCCUGGGAGAAUUCGGCGCUGCCAAAGUCGCGGGCAGCAAAGACCCGGACUACAAAGCCGCGAUUGACGGUUUCUGGUCCCAGCAGCAGCGAGAGCCCGUACCACGCUGCAUAUUCCGGCCAGAGACGGCGCAAGAAGUUGCAAAUGUGGUGCGUGUGUCGCAGGCGAACAAGUGCCGGUUUGCAUUUCGGAGUGGAGGCCAUGCCCAAUUUGCAGGUGCAUCCAGCGCAGAUGGAGGCAUAACUGUGCUUUUUGAACGCAUGGCAGGCAUUACGCUGUCUGAAGAUAAAAACAUUGUGUCAAUUGGACCCGGAGCCCUCUGGAGCGACAUUUACGGCAACCUGGCUGAACAUAACCUCGCAGUCGUGGGUGGUCGUGUCGCUGACGUUGGUAUUGGAGGCCUUGUCACAGGCGGUGGCAUUUCCUAUUUUUCCAAUCAGCGCGGCUGGGCAUGCGACAACGUUGUGUCGUAUCAAGUCGUCCUGGCAGACGGACGCAUUGUGACUGCCACGCCUGAUUCCGAGUACUCCGAUCUCUUCUGGGCACUACGCGGUGGUGGCAACAACGUUGGCAUCGUGACCCAAUUCAAUCUCGAGACUUUUGCUCACAGCCCCCUCAUGUAUGGUGGAGACCGAAUAUUCACCAACGAUAGUUUCUCAGCCGCCAUCGAUGCCUUUGUCGACCUAGCCAAGAAUGCCGAGGCCGACCCCAAGGCUAUACAGUUUCUGUCCUUUGUCCUCGAUACAAGGAACAACGUGCGACUUGCAGUUGCCGAACUCGAAUACACAGACGCAAAGACAGACGCACCCGUCUUUGACACUUGGAACAAAGUCCCUGCGAUGGUCGACAACACCAAAAUCAACAGCCUGGUUAACUUGACCUGGGCCCUGGCAGGAUCCAGUCCAAGGGGUAUGCGACAAUCCUACUGGACCGCGUCUGUGAAACUCAAAGACCGUGAGAUCGUCGACCGCCUCGCCGACAUCACCUUUGACGUUGGCGACAAGCUCGCACACGUCCCGGGUAUCUUGCCCGCACACACCCUCCAAGUCGUCACCAAGCCACAGCUCAAGAACAUGGAGAAAAACGGCGGCAAUGCCCUUGGUCUCUCCGUCUCUGACGCCCCUUUUCUCGUGCUCCUGCAGUCGUUUGCGUGGCUCAACGCCGAGGACGACGAGCUCGUGCUCAAGACUGCCGCGGACAUGGUUGCACAGAUCAAAAAGGUGAGCAAGGACUUGGGCGUGGAUCAUGACUACCUGUACAUGAACUACGCGAGCCAGUUCCAGGACGUGAUCGCGAGUUACGGUGAAAGCGCGAAGAAGCUCAAGGACAUUGCGCACAAGUAUGACCCCGAGGGCGUUUUCCAGACGUUGCAGCCGGGUUACCACAAGUUGAAUGGACCAAAGAGCCAGGAUUUGCCUGUUUGGGAUCGCCUCAAGUCUUUUUUCACCGACAAGUUCUCGUGAAGAAUGAUGGGCGAAUGUGAUACCAAAGUCAAUGCUCGAUUUGGACUUUGCGAGGCAAACGAAUUAAUGAUAUGGGACGAACUUUUGAGCAGUCAUAUCUAUACCUAGCUUUUUAGAGCGAAACCCCCCCCCACCCAUGAUGUGAAAAUGUCAAUGGCUGUUAAAGGUGCAAUUGAAACAAUGUGUUGUUCCAAA